AAAAAAUCUACAUUCCUUUCAACCCAAAAAAUCAGCAAACUAUUUUCUCUCUUUAGCUUUCGGGUGUAGCAUGUCUCAGAAUGGUUAUGGUGGACUCGAGCAGACUAAGAGGAGGCCUGGACCCGUGGUGCAGCAGCCACGCCCACACGGGAUGAAAGCUCCAUCGCCUGCAGAAAUGAACCCUUCAAGGAUGCAUCAAUGGAAAUAUAGCCAGAGGCUACAAAGGAAAAAUCAGACUAAUUGGGCCUUCGCUGAGCCUGGUAUGCAAGCAAUAUUUUUGGGCUUAGGCCCAAAAUCUUGUGGGACUGGCGUUUUUAUUCCCCAAACCCAAGUCACUAACCGCCCAUUUAACAAGAGGCCCGCUUUCUCCCCAGUUUUGCUGCCUGCACGAGUGGUUCAAACCCUCAAACUCAACGUGCAUGAGCUUGGAAAACAUACCAAGCCUCAAUUAGCAGAUCAAUGCAAAAAUAUUGCAAAAAAGGAUGACAAAAAGCAGGAAAAGGAUAAGAAGAAGGAAAAUGGCAUUUAUAUUUCACCAGACAUUUUUUUACCUGAAGAGUGGACUUAUUGAUUAGUUUUUUAAUCAGUAGGAAGAAUACAGGUGGUGCUCUAAGAAUAAAAACAAGAAAUAAAAUAAAAUAAAAAAGCUAUGCACUGGAAAAUACAAUGCACAAUAUAUUUAAAUAUAUAGUAGAGCUAGAUUAGCUGGAAAGAUAAUUACUUUCUUUUUUCGACCACAAAACACAAUAACAUUUCUCAAUAGUACUCUCAUUAUUCACCACAUAAUCACGAGAACGCCACAUGAUUGCAUAUAUAAUAAAAAAUCAUACUACAUAAUCAUAUUAUGUAAUCACAUUAUAGAACAUAUGAAUAUAUUGAAUGUUUGAUUCGAAAGAACUUCAAAACUCAUUUUAUCGGGAGCAAAAAUAGCUAUUUUUAAUGAAUACAAUUUAGCUCCACAUGUUACUAAGUUAUUUGACUU